AUGAAGGUGGUGAGGACGACGACUGUCGCUUUUUCCGGUGGCAUCAAGAAUAGCUUUUUGCGCUUCUUCCUCAUCGCUGAAGCAAAUCCGACGACUCAUCGUCCAAACGCAGCACGUGAGACAACACUGAGUCACGUAACAACACAAUCAAAAAUGUCACUUCUCUGUCAGCAUCAGUUCGUGAAAGUUCCAAUGAAAUUUCUUGCAGAUUAA